AUGCAGCCCAUGAUGGCAGCCUACUAUCCAAACAAUGUCACUACUGAUCACAUUCAACAGUAUCUUGAUGAGAACAAGUCACUCAUUCUGAGGAUUGUGGAGAACCAAAACUCAGGAAAGCUGAGUGAAUGUGCAGAGAACCAAGCUCGACUCCAAAGGAACUUGAUGUACCUUGCAGCCAUUGCUGAUUCCCAACCUAACCCACCCACGACAAUGCAGUCUCAGUACGGAGGAGGAGGAGGAGGAGGUAUUUUGCCAUCUUCUUAUUCCUCCUAUUCCUAUCUGCAACAACAGCAGCAGCAGCAAAUGUCAACGACUACUACUCCUCAGUCCCUAAUAAUGGCUGCACAGCAACAGCAGCAGCAACAACAACAGCAAAAUCGGUCGUCAUCGUCCAUGUACUAUGCCUCCCCUUACCAGCAGGCAGCAGCCGCCUCGUCUUCGUCCUCUGGGGCUCUCAUGCUGCAGGGAGACCCGCACUCGGCUGGAGGAGGCUUCGGUGGAAGUAGCAGCAGCAACAGCAGUAGGGGUUUGGCUAAGCUGGAAGACAACUACUUCAAACGUGGGGACGAUGCCAACUGA